UUAAAAAUUAUAGAGAAAAAAGGGCAUGGUGCAAGUAAAAAGGGCAUGCCAGCCAAAAAGGGCAUGGUGCAGUGCCAUGCUAGUUUGCUUUAGAUUUAACACUAACCGGUUGCAUUAUAAUGCAGUCACGAUUUGCUAAAAUUUACCAUCAAAGAGUUUUGAAACGUCAGAUUCAUCUAGCAGUGUUGACACUCUGUCGGAAUAUGGAACUCUUUGUGGGCUCAGAGCACUCUGAAACAUAUCAGAAGUACAGGCCCACAUAUCCCCCCGCAAUGUAUGAUUUCAUUGCUGAAUACUGUAAGACUGGCACUGGUUCUUUGGGCUCGGCAGUGGAUGUUGGGUGUGGGACCGGCCUUAGCACCUUUCCCCUGUGUAAGUACUUUCAGAGUGUGAUUGGCACCGAUGUAAGCGAGACCCAGAUAAACACAGCACAGACAACACACAGACAAAGUAACUUAUCAUUCUGUACCAGUAAGGCCGAAUCCUUGGCAUUCCUGUCUGACUGUAGUGUGGACCUGGUUACCGUUGCCCAGGCAAUGCAUUGGAUAGAACAGGAACCUUUCUACAGAGAGGUAAAAAGGAUACUGCGCCCCGGAGGUAGUCUAGUGGUAUAUGGGUAUGGUGUCUGUACACUAGAUAACAGUGAUGCUGACAAGAUCAUAGAUAAGUUCUACAGAAACGAUCUGAAGGGAUUCUGGGAUUCCAGAAGACAUCAUAUUGAGAAUAUGUAUCAGGAAAUAUGUCUUCCCUUCCCUGGCUGGGAAAGAAAUUUAGAUUUCAUCAUGCAGAACAAGUGGUCGACACAUGAAAUGGUGGGCUAUUUAUCUACUUGGUCAGCUUGGAGGCAAUAUCUAAAACAGAGCCCUGGGUCAGGAUUACUGGUAGAUAUACAACAUCAACUAGAUGAUGUCUACCAAGGUCGAGAGCUGACCAUCUCGUGGCCUGUGUUUAUUUUAUUGGGAAGAAAAGCAUUAAAAUAGGAAAGGAGACUGAACAUUGAUUGAUUCCAAUUAUAUAAUUAUAUACUUCAACUGACGCUCCCUCAACUUGUCUCUUGUUAACCAAAGAUGAAAAGUCAAUUAGUUGUAUGUGUUUAUCAGGGAAAUGCAUAUACAUGUUAAUGAGAUGUACCGGUGUCUGGCAUUUUAGAGGUUGUAAAUCAGGAUUUUCUGUUAUUUAGAAUAUGUACAUAUAUAUGUGUGUGCAUUGUUUAUGAUUUUAAUGUACAUGUAUAUUAUAGAUUACUUGUUAAUUAUGUAUAUUCAAUAUUUUUGUUACAAUAAUUGAAAAUAUAUAUGAUAUAAAAGCUG